AUGGGGAAAAAGUUUGCAGCGAAGAAACCCCGAGCACACAAGACAGCAGAACCACCGAUACAUCCUAUGGACGAGUUGCGCCUCAAAGCAAUCAUAAGGAACAAUUCACGGCUGCAAGCACUUGGAAUUCCUGCAUUAUCACAAUUGUUUACAGCCAAAACUGUCAUUUCACCUGGAAAAAAAAGGCCCAAGAAUAGUACAGAUGAUUCUGAAGCUAAGUACCAUCCUAAUGAGGACGAUACCAGUGAAGGAGAGUCGUCCAAUGAUAGUUUAGUACAUGAGACAGAGGCAUUGCAGGAAUUUAAUUCCACAGCUACUACUAGCUCAAACUCCAAGGGCUUGAAGGACUGUAAAAAAACCAGUCAGGAAUCUAGUAAGAAAAGAUCUGCUGCCAUGGCACUUGGUGGAGUCAAGCCUCGGCCUCGUAAGAGAGUCCUGGCGGAUGUCCCAACUAGUAUGCGAGUUACAAGGUCGAGGAAAGUAUCAUCACAAAAUGCUGAUGCAAGUGCUCAAAGUGAAGAGAUGUAUGAUCCUAAAGAGCAGACACCAAGUGUCAUUCAUAAGCCAACUUUGUCUAUUAGCUUUGAUUGCAUAAUGAACAUACUCUCACUGGAUUCCUUCUUCGAAAAAGAUGAUGAUCUUGCACAUUGUGAUGACGACAACUGGUUGGCCAAUGGAGCUGAUCUCAUUGCCCAUUGUCAUGAUGACAACCAGAGGAACAACGAAGCUGGUGGUAGUACCCAACCACAUCAGCAAAGUCAACCUGACAAUAACUUUGAAGGAUCCAAGGGAAAGGGGCCCAAUUUGGGAAAAGGCCUAGAAAGGAUCACUCGAUGCCGGCAAGGCAAACUGCCGCUUGUCAUUCCAGAAGGGAGCUUACGGCCCGAGGCACCUCUUCUUGCUGCAAAGUUUGCAACGGAAUGCAAUGUCAUAGUCAGACACCAUAUGCCUGUGUUUAAGCACUGGAAGGAUUAUAAGGACUCAAAUGGAAAUCUCCGAGAGGGGAUCUUUAGGAACUUUGUAGGCAAAGUUGGUAACAAGUUUCGGAUGGACCUAGAUGUGAUGCCAGUUAGGAAGGCUUGUACAGAAAUGCUGAAAAGCGCGACUCGCCAACAACGAUACAGGCUCAAGAAAGAGUAUUUUGAUCCUCACGCACCCAAUUUGGUGAGGAGAACUUCUCCGGUCCCCUCAAUGACCGAUGACCAGUGGAACGAGCUGGUGGAAAGCUGGAAGGAUCCCAAAAAGAUGGGGAUAUCUCAAAUUAACAAAGCUAAUCGAGCUCAAGUUAAGUUCCACCAAACUACUGGGGCGCGUAGCUACGCUGUGCACUGUGGAAAUCUGGGAGACAAAUACAAGGAUACAGAACCAUCUGCAUUGGAUUUGUUUAAGGCGUGCCACUAUAGCAAGAAAAAGAAAUGCUACACCAAUGUUGUGCUCGAUGCAAUUACCGAGAUGGAAAACAAGGCUUCUCAACCUACAGAAGAUAGUCAGGAAUCGAGUAAUACAACUGAGAUGGCAACCGAGGUUGUAGCUCAAGUGCUUGCGAAGCACACUAAGAAGCCGAGGUUUCUUCAGAAUGUGGGGAUCCAGCACGUCCAUGCGAGAUCCAAUGCUAUGAACCGUGAAGCAGAAUUGGCAGCUGAGAAGAGGAAUGUUGAGCUUCAGGCGCGUGUUGACACCUUGACUAACAAGUUGAAGGAAUCUGAAGAAGAAAGGGCCAGGCAACAUGAGGAGUACAGGAAGCGAGACGAGGAGAACAGGAAGAAGCAAUCCGAGAUGGAUGCAAAACUAGACUUAUUGCUAAGUCUGAUGCCAUCUAGGUCAGCUCAGGGGUAA